AUGAGAUCUGUUUUCCUUUUCGCGGCUCUUACAGGAGCCGAGAUUGUUCACCAUGCCCCGGUCGACAACGAGUUUUCUUCUUUAGAGCAGGUUUUCAAUGCUUCGAGAGGUACCAACGGGGGAGUCUACAACUCCUCGGACGUUCCUGACGAAGAGUAUGGAAUUUACAACUUUUGCAAUAUGCCCCAUGUGAGAAAAGAUCAUUAUCCGCAAGUUGAUACAAGUAAAUACAAAUUGCAGUUUGUCGAGGUUUCUCACCGUCACCACAAGAGAACUCCGUAUGCCACGAAUUGCUACCCAAAAGAAGCUUUGGUUCUGUACUGCGAUGAUGCUUUGAAUAACUAUUACUCUGAGUUCAGAACUCAGCGGGAAUCCAAUGAUACUUUAAAGAUCUCGUGGGCAAACUACCAGAACCCUAACAAUCCAUUCAACUACAUCGAUAAUGGUUACAACGGGACCUGCCAGUUCCCGCAGAUUUCCUACGCAGGAUUGGAAGAUUCUUAUCAGCACGGACUGGACAUCUAUGGUGUUUACGGAAAGCUAUUGGAUUUUCUGCCUGAAACUUAUAACUCCGAGCAUGUUAACUUUAGAGUUACCAACAACGUGAUUACUUCACAGGUUGCAAGUGCUUUGAUCAAGGCUCUUUACCCAGAAGAGACGGGAAUUGACGUGAAGAUCGAGGUUGAUGGAUUCGACGCGCUCGAACCGUCAUACAGUUGUGAUUUUGCAGACGACUUGUACAGCGAGAUCAGAUCGACUCCUGAAUGGGAGCAGCACCUUAAAAACGCCUCUGAUUUGUACAGCGAGCUUGACAACAUCACCGGCGUGGAUCCAAAGGCAUCUGGAUGGCACGUUUCAUUUGACCACUAUUUCGACAACACUGCUUUCAGACUCUGCCACGGGUAUGAUCUGGCUUGCAACGCUGACAACUCGUCUCUGUGUAUGACGGAAGACCAGGCAGAACAGAUCUUCAGAUUAGGCGACUACGAGUACAACUAUACCUGGAGAAUCAACGAGAACUCCACUCUGUAUGCUGCUACCGAUUAUGGUGCCUACUUCAACGAGCUGAAACAUAGAUUGGUUGACAAGACCACGGGUGCUUCUGCUUUGAAGUACUCACACAACGUGAUUCACGACGGCUCUAUUAGCGGAAUGCUGGGAUUCCUCCAGAUCAACUACCUCAGAUGGCCUGGAAUGGGAUCUGAGGUGGUGUUUGAGCUGUACGAAGGACUGAAGGACUCCAAAUGGUACGUUAGAACGUUAUAUGGUGGCCAGGUUCUGGAGACCACUGGUCCAUUGGGAACCAUCGACAUGAUACCCCUUGAAAAAUUGGUUGACUACAUUGAGUCCAUGAUCGGUGAAAACGCCGAGACUUUGGUUGACUACUGUACUUCUUGA